UUUUUUUUGUAGCUGCUGCCCACUCGCAUUCUAAUAAACAUACUAAAAACCCAUAAAGGAUUAUCUACGAUUGGCAUUCUAAUCAACUGCAAACCAAUGUGGAAUUUUAUCCAGUUAACCCAUAACUCUUCAAUGCCAUAAUCCCCAAUAAAUACCAGCAGUUCCCGGAGUAGCAGAAGUAGUAGUUACAUCAACACCGUUUUGCUGCUACUCAGAGAUAAUAACGAGAGAGAAAAGAAAAAUAAGAAAUACACUCGCACACACAACUAUAUUUGUGUGUGUUUAACAAAAAAUAACAACAACACCAACAGCAUUAAAAUGCCCUCAACAUUGAAAGCAAUCGAUGUUGGGUCCUCCUCCAUCUCACCAUCGACCACAUCAACGGUGGCCUCAGCAGCCAGGGUAGCAUUGUCAAAGGCAUAUCACUACAAUAAUACGAUACUGCUGCCCUCUCUCGAGGAAAGGCUACACAGUCCGCCAACAGGAGCAGCAGCAUCAGCAUCGACAUCAUCUUCAUCCUCAACAUCAUCUUUAUUGGGUUCUGAAAUCAAUAGCUCUACUGGUUUAACCUCUAUAUCGCAUGUAGCUUCCGUAGUAGUUUCGAAUUUCCUGCCUUUAACGUCAGCAUCCUUGUCCUCCGGUGGUGGCACGGCUGACACAAGGUCUGUCGAUGACACAACAUACUCUGCCAACUCCUACAUAUCAGCGUCAGAACUAACAGCCACCAGUGAUAGCAUAUUGUCGUCAUCUUCAUCGGCGGCGGCAGCGGCGGCGUCAGCAUCACUGUCAUCCGCAUCAUCCUCCAUUCUAUCUGCAUCCUCGGAAUUCUAUCCCUCCUACAGUCCGCCCGUCGUCGAGAGUCUAGUGGCCAGCUCUGCCGAGGAUUUCAGCAAUAAUUUUCGGGAUCUAUCAUUCGAUAUUUUCGAUGACAAUGACAACGAUUUGUUCGGCUCGCCAAUGCCAUUCGAUGCCAGUGAAAAUGGUCUGUGGAAUGGCCGUUUUGUGCCACCACCGCCACGGCCACCGUUCUUCGUUGAUGAACCCGUAUUGAGUGAUGGCUUGACAACAUGUGAUUUGUGCUCUUGGGCAAUGCCAACAAAAAGUACAUUUAUAUUUGAAGGCACAAUGGAAAAAGCAUCGGAGUUAGGCUGGCCCCUAACUUUAACAAUUGUUUCAAUAUUAUCAGCCAUUUUAGGAGCCAUUAUUAUGAUUGCAGUUGUAAAAUGUAGAAGAAAAAAGACAUCGCAUCAGCGCAGCGACACGCAUGUCCAGUGGUGGUCACGCAACAAACGGCCAAACGGCAACAACAAUCAUCUACGAAGAAGCAACAUUUACACUGCCCACCCAGUGGAUAGCAUAAGAGGCCUGCAACAGCCCAGCUCCUUGUCAGCCUCAUCAUCAAUGACAGCCAUGACCACGGCAAUGACAGUGGCGGCGGCGGCGGCACCACCAAACUCGGCAGCAACAUUGCCCUUCUAUCAUCAUGCAGCCGGCCAACAGCAUGGCCAUACCUUACAUCAGCUGCCGCACUCACACUCGCAACACAGCCACCUCGCGCACCACCACCACCACCCCCACCAGCAGCAACAACAAGGGCAGCAAUAUCUUGACCAGGAACAACAUUACUUUGAACAUGAACAUGAAUAUCAUCAGCCGCAAGAGUUACAAUUGCAGCUGCAUCCAGCUAAUGCAACAGCAGCCACAACAACAACGGCAACAUUGGCUCACCCGCCUUCAUAUCAUUCGCAUGGGCCCCAACAACAACAUUUGCAUCAGCAUCAACACAGCGGUGCGUCCAUGUCCUCGACAUCCACAUCGUCCAUGCCUUCGCUGUCAUGUAUGCCACUGCAACGGCAAUUACCCGAGCGAGACCAGCAACCCAUACAUUUCAAAUCGGGCAGUCAAGCGCCGCAACAUGUUCUGCAUAUGCAGCAACAUGAACAACAACAACAGCACCAGCAAUCAGAACAGUCACCCGAUUUACAUCAUGACAAUCUGUUCCACUGGCCUACUGCGACAUCGCUCGUGACCAGCUGAAAUGAGGAGGCUGCCAAUGAUGCAGCUACAUGACAACAGCAACAACAACAACAACAGCAUCACCACCACCACCACAGUCACAGCCAUCAUCGCAAGCAACAGCUGUACCGUUUGCCCAAACAAAAGCACCACCACAAACAACACAAAACUCUUCUAAAAGAUUAUAAUGGCAUUCAUGGACGCCGAGAUUUCCCCGGCGAUAUUGGCAAUGAAGCUGUGGCCGUCAUUGCUGCCGCUGCAAGUGAUUUUAAAUGGGCACGAGCCAAAAACUGGCAAACUCUAAAUAAUGACUGGAUUUGGCAGUGAAAUUUUCAACGGAUGAAAAAUUCAUCCCAUACCCCGACCCAUGCAUCCAUACCCCGACCCUUCCCGCUUAAUGGUAUGUCAUCAUAAAAUAGUUGUCUAGCUUGCCAUUUUAAAAACCAAAAACAAAAAACACGAUACUUUCAAACAAAUUCAAAUUUAUUAUGAUUACAUGACAGAUAUAAAUACAUACAUAGCUACAUACAUUUUUUGGAUACUGGCAUCAGGAGCUAGUAGGUGCUAGGCUAGAGACAAAACUGGCAAACAAUUGAACAGCAAACAAAACGUGGCAAAAUGACACUAAAAAAAACUCCGGCCAACUAACGACAGGUGUUAUAAUUUAUAGGCUUAAUACUU